AUGGCGCUGCUCAUGGACACCAGACUGCUGCUGAGGAAAGUGAAGGAUUUGAGGAGUUUAACGCCCAGAAGACACCGAGUGAAAGAGAAAUGGGCUACUACACGUGCCAAGUGCCCAGCCUCCUCCCUGGCCCUGCAGUACUUUGAUGCCAACUACAGUGCCCGUCUGGGGGAGCUGUGGCCCUCGGUCCGAGUGGCCUUGCUGUCGCAGAGGAAGUACGGAGCCCUGCUCAACAAUUUCUCCCAUGAGGACGUCCUUGCAGACCUUCAAGCCAGGGGAUGUAGAGACUUCAUCAAUGACAUAGAUACAGAGGCUCAGCCAGGCUCGGAGGAGAAAUCUGAGACUUGUGUGGAGGAGGAAUCAAAUAAUGUUCCUGUGAAGAAAUCUGAUGUGGACGAUCAACGGCUGUCUCCCCUGAAGCUUAGUCCUAACAUCAAGUGUGCAGUGUUUCCAAGAGGAGAUAUCACCAGAUUCAAACCUGCCAGGCCAGACAAGGAGAGGUUGCUGGGUUACUACCUGAUGGACGCAGCGUCAGUGCUGCCUUGUCUUGCACUGGAUGUUCAAGAAGGUCACAGUGUGCUUGACCUCUGUGCUGCUCCAGGAGGCAAGGCCCUCACUUUACUUCAAACACAGGCUAUCAGGUUUUUGUGUGUGAAUGACUCCACUCCGUCUCGGACGUUACGACUGAGAAAGGUCCUACACAGCUACCUUCCUAAGCACUUUAUAGAAAAUAAUCUACGCAUCACCACCUUUGAUGGAACCAAGUGGGGGGAAAUCGAGAGGAACACUUUUGACCGAGUCCUUGUGGACGUUCCCUGCACCACAGACAGACAUUCACUAAUUGAAGACGACAAUAAUAUAUUCAAUAAGAUCAGGAUUGGAGAGAGACGGAGGCUGCCACAGCUACAGCUGGAGCUACUGCUGGCGGGAAUCCAAGCCGCAUGUCCAGGUGGGGAGAUCAUGUACUCCACCUGUACGCUCUCUCCAAUCCAGAACCUGAGUGUGGUGGAACAAGCCGUUCACUUGGCGCGAGAGAAUCACGGCAUCAGCGUUGAGGUCGUCAAUCUGCGACCCCUCACGUACAUGUUUAGGAAAACCUUUCACUUCGCCCCUGACCUCCACUUGGGUGAGAUGGUCAUCCCACAUUUAGCUGCUAACUUUGGGCCUAUCUACAUGUGCAAGCUGAGGAGGCUGACGUAAACUGAGCAACCGAUUUGACCCAAAGCCUGUGGACUUCUCGAGUACUGAGCGACACAGACGCCCCAUUAUUCUGUUCAACACGUGCAAACUGAAGCACAUUUGGCUGCUGACUUAUUCUAACAUCGGAGUGAACAAAGUCUCCAGUUCAUGGACAUGACUGUGGACACACUGGACAGCUCUGAGCUAUUUGUUUUGGACACUUUGGCGACUCAUAAACCAAGAGGAAUGCCAACUUUCACUUUAGGAGUCCUUGAAUAGAAAAACAUUUUCAACACAAUAGAAAAAUGAUGAGGAAUGGAACCAGCUCUGUGGGGUGUAUUUUACUUGCAGUUUCAUUUUUACCCCAUAGGUGGCAACGGUAACUAAAGAGUAAAGGCAUCCUCUACACUGUUUGUCCACUAGAGGGCACUAAGCACACGUAUCUAUAGAGGUUCCAGAAACUCCACUUCAUACAGCAUGUGUGUAUGUAUCAGUUUGUGGAAUCACAUUAGUGAAACUCACAUUUCUGUCAGAAUUACCUUCUCUCUUUAAGUCUCCAGUGAAAAUGACAUUCCAUGGUAAUUCAUCAGGUUUGAUGGCUUUGCCUGAUAAUGUAAUAUUGGGCUGUGUGGAAGGAGGGCGUAAUGAACAGGUAAUGACGUAUUUGACCAUUUGGCUUCUCACAUCUGAAUCUGUGCAAGUUUCAUUAUUACUGCUGGAUUGACUCCGUUUUGCAUCGACAUCACCCAGAGGUGAAACGUUUCCUCUUAUCAACCUAAUGUGAGCGUUGAGGUGCCUCUUUCUCCAUCGCACCGCAGAGGACCCUUUAUGUUGUCCUGCCCAGGCAAUGUUGCGUGAAAAAGGUGUGUGUUUGUGCGUGUGUCUAAUGAGUCCACCAACCACAUCCCACCGUCAUUAAGCUGCUCCAAGUGCAGGAGCCGACUCCCAUCCCCGUGCAGGGAUGGACGCCAGCCAUGCGGCUCCCAGAUGAACAUUAAAGAGGCAGCAAAGAGCUAAAAUAGGACGUCUCGCCCUGUUUUGCCCCUCCGCUUUUUUAUUCCACAGAUGAGUGCAGAUAAUUUUCUGUGCGAUUGUGAGUGAUUACUGUAUUACUGUGGUAACAGGGGGAUGUAUCGGGGAAUGCAGAGGGAAUUAAUGACACAUAAAAACUAUUUUUGUAUUGACUGCUUUCGUCUCCAGGGUCUUGAAUGCCUCUUCGCACAUCUUGUGAUUACCUAAACGUAUUGUAAAUAUGUGUUUCCUAUGGGCUCUUACAUAAAUUUACAUGUUUUAACACUCAGGAGACGGCAGACUAUUGAGAUGACUUACUCUCUUUUCUGCCUGUCUAUAGACUCGACUGGCUGCCUGCUUUAUUAUUGAAUUAGCCAAUGAAGCGCUGUGCAUUUGCGUCCCCGUGUGUAAGCCUAUGUUAGGAAGAUGUAUGCUGUGUAUUAGAAAGAUGAAUAUUAUGGAUUUAACUGCACAACCAUGCCACUGUUGUGCUUUCAAAUACAAAUGUUGCCCUUUUUUCUGUCAAUAAAGAUGCAACGCACGGUCA